AUGUCGUAUACUAUGCCUCCUUCUUUUUCUUAUGCUGGCUCCCCCCUCCCUUCUUCUAUGUCUCAUGCAGAGUUUCUAUCACACUUCGAUGGGAGCAGAGGGGAGUUGGAUAAGCAUAAAGCAGGGGCUUACUUUCGUGAGUUUAAAGAGCAGGCCCAGCAAGUAAAGGAUAGCUGCAUUAUUCAUGAAAGAGAGUUUCCUCCACCUGCCCCUCAUCGUUACGUUGCAGGGCCUGUAGGGCCUUUACACUUUGGGGUUCCGCUGUCUGAACACCCUGAUCCGGGUGUAUCUGCAGUUUCUUCUGCUUUAUUCGGAGGUAAUGCAUGCUUUACGCGCAUUCCUAUUCAACAGAACAAACCUAUAUUUAGAAGAAGAAGAAGAGGAGACGCUCUACCAGAAUGGAGUAAUGCAUUUGUUACCCGUGUAGACCCAUGCGAGUGUGGAUAUCCUGAAGAAACAUACACUCCUUAUGAAGUAGCGAAAUAUACAGAAGAGAAAAACCUUACAACUCAACCAAGUUCUAUUAGCUACACUGCUUAA